AACGACAUAGAGUCAGGACAUCAAUCGGGUCACAUCGAGACCACCAAUUGGCCAAGAUGCUGUCUCGACGAAUUGCGCGGGUCUCGACCAUCCGCAGCACGGGUGCUGCUCUGGCAGCUCCCGCCCGCCGCCUUCCCACCAUCCAGCAGCGAACCUUCUUCCCCGACGGCAUCAACGACAAAAAGACCCUCGAGGCCAAGUACCCCGACUACCCUGCUCUCACCGAGGCGGAGGACCCCGGCAUGAACGGCGGCUACGUCAACCCUCCCUUCAUCAAGCGCCAGCACCGCGACCCCUACGGCAACUGGUGGGACAAGCAGGAGAGGCGCAACUUUGGCGAGCCCGUCCACGAGGACCACGAUCUCCUCGGCAUCUUCUCCCCCUACGAGUACACCUGGACCACCGCCGGCCCCGGCGCUCUCAUGAUCGGCACCUUUGUCGCGACCUUCCUUGUCGUCGUCGGUGCCAUCUACGUCACGUACCCCGACAGGCCCACGUUCCCCAGGGAAUUCGAGAACGGUCUGCAGAGGGAGCUUGGUGGCGCCAGCGCCCUGAGGGCGAGGCAGGAGGGUGACGAGGAUCCUUGAGCGUGAACGGGAAACCUGGAAUCUGACAUCACUGUGUACAUAAGCGGGGGCAGUGGAAGACUAUAGCAGAGGAACCAGUACCUUUAUCUUUCGG